UCAGCUGGUCUGGUGUGUGGUGGGACAGAAGGGGAGGCAGCAUGCUGCAGCUCUUUUGGAUUUUCCUAGCAGUCCCUCCAUCCCUCCUGCAGCCUCCUCUCCCUCUGUCCCUGCCAGUCCACAUGUCGGUUGUCCCUCCUUCCUGGCAGUUCCUCCCAUUGUCCCAAGUGGAGCUCGGCCCUCUUUUCUCCAACUCCAGCCCUUUCUCCUUCUCCCAGAGCCUCUUCAUGGUGCCUCCACCUGGCUGGGACCCCACACCAGGACUCCAGGCUUCAUUUGGCCCUUACUCAGUUACACAGCUCAUUUCAGAGGCUGCCCUUCCUCUCUCUUCCCCUAUGUCUGCCUCCCUUCUCUCAGAGUAUGUGGAGAGGGAGAGGGAUGCAGGAGGGCAGGAGAGGUUCAGGGUUAGGACACUGUUCCACAAGCGGGGUGACACCAGCACCCGAAGGACCUGCAUCACCCUGCAUGCCUUCAAGGAGACACAGGAGCACAAGGCCUCCUGUAUCACACAGCCUCCUCUAGGUCUGUGUUUGGUAAGUCUGACGCUGCCCAGUGACUGGUUUGAGUAUAAACACACCAACCAAUCACAUCAGAAUUUGGACAAGUGGCACAGUAACAUCCACCCUCAUAACCGAGUCCAGAAGCGGGAACGGCAGUGGGGCGGACAUCAUCACAGAAACUUUGUCAACCGCCAGCGUGUGACUUCUCCUUCACUGAGAUACCUUCCAGGUGUUGAUGGGGAGACCCAGGCAGAUGUUCCAUGGGUCGUCAGAUACCCAAGGGCCCCCGUGAGAAACCAAAUACAGCUUUACUACUCCUCCUUUGACACAGUAGCCAAGCCUAAGCUGACACCACCUGGAUGUGUAGAGGACAGAGUGGCUCAGUCCCAGAGGCAGCUCUUCCAUAUCAAAGCAGUGACACUGAGGGAGGAAGAGGAGGAGAAGGAAAGAGGGCAGAGCAGGACCAAAGAAGAAGCCUGCUUUAAUGGGCAGAAAGAGGAGGAGCUUAGCUUGGACUCCCAUGUUGAGAUUCGCUACCACAGGGGCCCGGUCCUGAUAGGACAGCCAAUCAGGGUGUCUGUGAAUCUGAGAUCCAACUUCAGUGCUGAGUUUGUUGUCAUAAGGCUAAAGGUGAAAAAGGGCUUGGUGUCGAUGGUGGCCCAGAGAACUCUGACCUCUGACCUGUGGGCAGUGACCCUGGAAGGAAGCCAAGGCUCUAAACAUGAUGUGGUGUCCAUUCUGUGCCAUAAACACAGGACACUCAAGCACACACACAAUCCCACUCUCCUCCAGCAGGUGGUGUGUCUGUCAGUUGACGGCCUGAGGCGGAGCUUCGGUGUUGCCAUGACAGUGUCGGCUAACUGGUGGGUGGAGUACUCUGGGCGUAAUACCCCCCCGUCGCUACGAGGGGCAGCAGUGAGCAUCUUUUCAUUCGCUGAUCGCCACAUCUUUGGCAUCGCUCCCAUCACAGAGAGUAACAUGAUCAUCAACACAGCCAUACUGACCAACCAGCUGGUGUCAGUUCCUGUCAUUGUGCUGGCCAUUAGCCACGAUGGGAAGGUUUCAGAUGUCACCUCUGCUGUCACGUGUCACUCUACCAACGAGAACACUGUCAAGGUGUCCAGUGAUUGCUCCACCCUCUUUGUGGAUGGCAGCGAAUCAGGGUUGGGCAACACUUGUGCGGUGGUGGAAUUUCUACUGGGCGCACUCAGUGGCUCUGUGUGUCUUGAGGUGUGGGCUCCGUCAGUGCCUCUGCAAGUGUCCUUGGCAGACCCCAUUCUCAAUGCCAUCAGUGGCUGGAACCACUUCACAGAGAAUGGGUGUGUGCCAGUGUAUCAGCGCUCUGCGGUGCAGGUUCUGACUCAGUUCACAGCUCAGGACUCCCGCAGCAGAACCAUACACCUAUUAGGCUCAUCUGAUUGGUUCGUGGAUGUGACAGAGCUGGUGCGUGACUGGCUGAGAGUAGAAGACCCUCGAGUGGCUUCCCUUGGCACCCAGAACAACCUGAUUGGUUUAAGGCCAGGAAAGACAUCACUCCAUGUCAUCUCUGAGCAGUGGGAUGGUGUGCUGGGCAGAUGUGACAUCACUGUGACCUCCAACCCCGUUACACCAGGAGACCUGUCUGUACAGGUGGUCAGUGGCCUUGGCAUGUCAGUCACGGGCAGCCCUGUCCACUCUUCCAUCAUCACAACAACAGUGACAGCCUACAACAUCCUGUACAACCAACACCAGGAGGCAUCCAUCAGCGUCUGGCUUCAGUUUAGCGACGACACUGCCUGCAUCCUCUCCUCAUUCAACGACCUUCCCUUUUUCCUGCAUCUCUCCUCAUUGGAUGACACUGUGGUUGUGGUGACACCCGGGCCCAGCCAACGAAUCUUUGCCCAGGGCGACGGAGGCGGGCCUUUACUGCGAGCAGAACUUGUGGUUUCAACCUGCACUGACCAGCCAAUUACCUCCAACUUCAUCAGUGAAGACAACAGGGAUUGGACUGAGACUGGUGGAGUAGGAGGCGGGACCAGGAGGCUGGCAAGAGGAUCUGGUUGGAUAAGAGUUAACCUAGACUUGGGCUUCCUGCAGCCAGUAGGGAACAAGGAUGAGGAGGGAAAGGAGUUUGAGUUUGACAUUUCAGACAUGCUGGUUGAGUCCGACAGCGAUAUCUAUACAUCAAACUUUGACGAGGAUGACAGUGCGAAUGUGAGCAGUGACUACUAUGACAAAAUCAGCGUGAGGAUGUCUAAUAGAAAGUGGAAUGAGAUGAGGAACAGAGGGAUGGUUGGUCGGAACAAUCUGGAUAAAGCUGUGCUAAAGCCAAGCCAGGAGGAGGGCUCUGUGUACUUCUCCCCAAGCCAAGAGAAAGAAGGACAGAGGGAUGAGGAGGAGGAUGGGCAGAGAGCUAGAGAGCUAGAGCUGGGUGUGGGUGCUGUCCUCUCUCUACUCUGUCUGUGUGCUGUCCUCUUUCUGGCAAACUGUCUGCCUUGCGCCCUGCGAGACAGGAGGAGGGCAACAGCAGAGGAGGACGGGGAAGGAGAACUAGAGGGAGGCACAAAGGAAGAAGAAGAGGAGAGGAAAAAGAAAAACGUAGAGAACAGGGACACAGAGGAGAGCAAGAAGACGGACGGUGAAGACAAGAUAAAGCACCAGCAGGAAGAGAGCAAUAAAGAGAAUGGUAAAGAAGUCAUCAUAGAUCAUAUUCAUACAAUCACAGACUGA